CCAAGUAAUGUGUAUAAAUCAUCAGCACAACACUCACCAAAUCUGAAAUACUCAACAGGGUAUCCAGCCUACCCAUUGAGGGAAAGAAGGAGAUUAAGUGACAGACAUUUUAUCAAACCAAAUGAGCAAACAACAGGAGCAAUUGAAAAAUUGGAAGAAAAGGAAAUUCUGAGAAAAUCUAAUUGUAGCCAAAAAAAUGCAGAUGUAUUUCUUUCUUCCAAGUAUAGAUCCGAACUGUCAGAGAUACCUUGUAGAAACACAGAGAAAGUAGAUAAUUUGAAUAAACCUUAUAAGAAGUAUGAAAAACAGUUAUCUGAGCCUUCGUCCAUCCAAAGCUCUGAAGAUAAAUGUAAUAAAUUUCCUUGUGACCAAACUACAUUUCACACAAGGAAGCCUCGAGCUUUUUCAAAUGUUAUAGAAGGAAAUACAGCUACAGAAUCUGUGUCCCUUAUGCAAGGUUUACAUAGGAAAGACAAUGGGAUAUAUGAAUCUACUGAAAAAAAAGAAAGAUCCCAAAGUACUAGAAUCAGUUCAUUUCAAGAUGAUCUUAGAUCAAAUGGCAAAGUUGUAAGUUACAAUGAAAAAGAGAGAAAAAUUAAUGGUUCAUAUGAAGAAAAUGAAAAACAAGUACACAUAUUCCCAAAUGAAAAUGUUCAUUUCAGAUAUUCAAUGAAAGGUAGGCCUACAAAUAAAGAUGUUGAAGAAAAACAAUCAGAGACUAAAUACUGGAGUGAAGAUGGUCAAAGAAACUGUGAUGGUUGGAAAGAUUUCCCAAAGGUUACAAUAAAAUGGAUGGAUGUAAAAGAGACAACUGAAAGCAAACUUGUAACAGAAGAAGGACACAAAACUGGGAAUGAAGGAGCUUGUAUUGCAAUGGCAAGGAACAGUAAAACAAAAAAGGAAAGUAAGUGUUUACCUCAGUCUGACAAAAGAGAGGAAACAAUGUCAAAGAAGAAAGAAAACCAUCAAGGCUUUCUUUUCAAAGAAGUUAAAGAGCUGAAGGAAAGACUUACAACUGAGUCAAAAGAUGAAAAAGGAUAUAGAGAUCUGGGCAAAAUGCUAUCUAUUGAGAAACUUGAUGAGAAGAAAACAUUAUUAGAAAUGAAGGAAUCUCAUGAUGAUCAUAUGAAAACAUCAGACAAGAAGGACUUACCCCUUAGCAACUCAAGUGAUGAAAGAAGAUCUGACAGCAGAAACCAUGUGGAAUUUGUUGCACCUCUAUUCAUUGGUCAGCUACAAGAGAUUAAAGAAAACAAACUUUCUCAAAGAGACACAAUCAUUCCAAUGGUUUACAGGGUAGCAAGAGAAAAAUCUUCAGAGGACAAAGAAGAAAUGGACAUAUAUAAAGGGAGGCAACAGUCAUCCACCACAAAAGAAGCCAAUUUAGAAAAAGUAGAAGAUUUUGAAUGUCAGGAUAUGCCAAAGGCGACUGGAAUAGCUAAAAAUACUUAUGGUAAAAGACAUGAUGAUAUUACGUUAAAAGAUGGGAAUGCAAAUAAAACUGUUGCUAAUGAGAGUGAAAACAAAGAAAGUAAAGUUGAGCAACAAGAGAAGAAAAAUUCAUUCAAAUACAUUGAAAAAAUGAGCAGCAAAGUAAGAGAAAUUAAAAAAAGAAAUUCUGAUUUUGAAACAAACAUGUCACCUAUUGAGGUAGAAGAAUCAAAACUGAAAUUUAGACGGGCAAUGCAGGAAAGUAGAAAUGCUAACAUAAAAGAGAAAUGCAAAGAAAGCAAAACCAAAAUUGCAAGUGCUCACAAACCAGAAUGGAUAUUCCAACAUGAUAUGGAAACAGAUUUACAUACCAUCAGUUUGACUGAGAAACACCCUGUAGGAAUGGAUCAAAGUCCUGUCGUAUUUAAUGAUGGCACUUUGACUGCAAGAGCUGCAACUAAGAAUGAAAAUUCAUUCGAAAGAUCUAAUGAUGUAGAGGAAGUAAUGGAUAAUAUUGACAAAGGGGAUGCACCAGUUAGUGAUGCAAGCAAAGAAAGAGCAGGGACUUCAACUUAUAACUUUGAAGAAAGUAAGACAGUACUACAUGCCAAAGAUAUAGAAGUAGCCCAAGAUAUCAGCAAACAAAAUGAAACAAGAGGAGUUAAAGAGGUUAUAUCGCCUUACCCAGGAAAGGAACUAGAGAAAACCAAGCGGAAUUGUCUCCUUGAAGGCGAAAUUAUCACAUUGAAAGAUACCAAUUUCUCAAAGGAGUCAAAUACUAAACAGAAAUCUAAAUGUGACAAGAUUAGCAAGGUUAAAACACGAACGAGUUUGAACAAAGAGUUAAAAGGAAGAAAAACAGAAAUGGGAGAACAAGUAGCUGAGGAAGGCUAUAAGGAAGAAAAAAGAGAGAGUGGUAAUCAAACAGAUGGUAAAUCUGUGGAAACAGUUGCUUGUAAGCAAAAUUCUGACAAGGAAACAGUCAAAUACAUCUUCACCAUUUUGAAACAAUUAGAGGGUGAGAAUGAUUUGUUGUCUCAUCUCGUUGGCAUUGUGUCAGAUGUUCAAUUUCGAAUUGAUUCAUUUGAAAAUAAUCCUAAAACGAAGAUUACGACUGUUGUUUUGGUUUUCAAAAGCGAUGUAAAUGCCAAAAGCUUUGAAAGUUGCUUGAGAAGAAAUAGUUUGCAGUUAAACUUUAGAUACCACUUUAAAAAAGAAACUGUUCCCAAAGUAAAGCUAGUGGACAUAAGCAAAAAGAUGCAAUAUAUCAAAGAAAAAACUGUUGAAGUAUUAGGAAAACACCAGGAUAAAGAAAGAAAAACACAGGGCCAAAUAUCCAGUUUAUGCAAAGCACCAUCAAAGAAAAAAGUAAAAUUUACCAACUUUUCUCUUCACGAACAAAGAGAGGCCGAGAAAAAAGCUCUGAAUGAUAAAAUCACAGAACUUGAGCAACAACAGAAUGAGUUCAAAUCAUUCCUGUCUGGAACUAUCCAAAAAAUUGAGUGUCUAAAAGCUGGAAACAUGCAACAAAAAGAAUUAGAUUCAUUAUUGAAACAGUUUGAUGUGGAAUGUACAAGACUAGAACAGGCAUUGCCAAUUUAUGCAAAAAGAACUCAAAUUAUUGAUACAAUUCUUAAUAAUCAAGUUUCUGUUAUUCUUGGAGAAACUGGCUCUGGCAAAAGUACACAAAUAACGCAGUACAUUUUGGAGUCUGAGCUAAGUUCACUUGGAAAAAUCAUCUGUACACAGCCACGUAAGGUAGCAGCAAUGAGCCUGGCACAAAGAGUAGCAUCUGAAUUAAAGGUAAAUGUAGGAGAUCUUGUUGGUUAUCAAACUGGUAUGAAAGCAAAGCUGAACAAGCAAACAAAAGUAUUAUACAUGACUGAUCAUAUGCUUUUGAAUGAGUGUCUAAAAGACCCACUACUGAUGAAUUUCUCCUGUAUUGUGAUUGAUGAAGCUCAUGAAAGGAGUGUAUAUACUGAUCUUUUGCUUGGAAUGAUAAAAAAGUGUUUGCCACAGAGACCAGAACUUAGAGUGGUUAUUACCUCUGCAACAAUUGUUCCUGAUGUUUUUGUGCAAUAUUUUGGAGGACCCGAAUUCUGUCCAGUCCUUAAAGUUUCUGGAAGGAUGUUUCCAGUUGAAAUUGAUUGGUUAAUUCCUUCAUCAGGUGCAGAAGUAGUUGAUGAUUAUGAGAUCAAAGCUAUCGAGAAAGCGGCAGAAAUUCACAGAAAGGAACCAUCUGGGGACAUUUUAGUUUUCCUAACAUCCCAAGCAGAAAUCGAACAGUGUGCAGAGAAACUGGAUGUCUUGUUGAAGGGAAGAAAAGAUCACUGGAUUUUGCCUCUACAUGGUAAGCUUCAAACAGAGGAGCAGAAUUUAGUAUUUAAGGAUCCUCCUAAAGGGAAGAGAAAAAUUGUGCUUGCCACCAAUGUAGCUGAAACAUCAGUAACAAUACCUGGUGUAAAAUAUGUAGUUGAUACCGGGGCUGUGAAAGAACUUUUGUAUGAUCCAAAGAAGAAAGUAAGUUCCUUGCGUGUUGUGAAAGUUACCAAAAGUUCUGCUGACCAGAGGAAAGGUAGAGCUGGAAGAACAGGCCCUGGUAAAUGUUAUCGACUUUAUUCAAAGGAAGAUUACGACAUCAUGUGCCCAACAUCUGUGCCAGAAAUUUUGAAAAUACAUUUGGGUCAUGCAAUUCUGAAGCUCUUGCAACUAAAUGUUGAUCCAUUAGAAUUUGACUUUGUGCAGGCUCCAGAGAAAGUGUCAAUGACAAAUGCUUUUCAACACCUGAAUAAACUUGGAGCUAUUGAAGAUGGAAAAAUAUCUCCAUUGGGAAAGUGGAUUGCAAAACUUCCAUUUGAACCAAGUUUAGGAGUUCUUACCCAUGAUGCAAUUGACUCAAAUGUUGGGUUAGAGGGAAUUAUCAUCGCAGCGUCAUGCACAGUUUCUGGAUCCUUAUUUUAUCGCGGGGGUACAAAAGAAGAAAAGGAAAAGUCAGACAAACUUAAAGUUCCAUUUUGCCACAGAUAUGGAGACCACUUUACAAACCUUGAGGUUUACAAAAAAUGGCACAAUGUUACAGAAAAGCAAAAGGGUAAAUGGUGCAAAGACAAUUCAAUUAAUGGAAAAGCAAUGCGAAGUAUUCGAGAUGCUGCAAAUGAAAUUUUAUUCAUAUUGAAGAGAGAUUUAUCCAUCAACAUAAAAUUUGAAUUUACAGAUGCUGAAGACGUGGAAAGAAAAUUACAGAAACUGCUGUUCAGAUCAUUUCAGAGUAAUCUUUGCCAUUUUCUUGGACACGAAAAAGCUGGUUACUUCUUCAUAGACAAGAAUCAGCAGGUCAUUAUGCAUCCUUCAUCUGCAUUUCAGUCACUUGCAUCUUGUCCUAACUGGGUUAUAGUUGAGAAGGUAAUGCAAACCUCGCGUGACUUUGCUUUAAAUAUAACAGCAGUGGCAGAUGAAGAUGUUGAGGAAGCGUUAACCGAGGGCUCCAUGGACUUUGACAUUAAUGCCGUGGAAAGACGAAAAGUUGCACCAGUUUUGACUGAAUAUGUAGGUGUCCAAGUUCACAGAGAAUUUGUUGGACCUCGAUAUAGCAAGGUGAGAGCCAUGCAAGAUAAUCUGAAGAUGGAGUGCGAAGAUUCCAUAUUUGUGAUAGAUGCAGAUCGUGAGAGGGGAGAAAUUUCAAUUUAUGCGCCAAUUGGUGAUUCAGAUAUUUCAUCACACACUUUAAAAACUGCGAUAGAUCCAAUCAGAGAAAAAAUAAGGAAUGAAGCAGUGGAACAUCCAUUACUUCCAGAGUUUUUCAAUGUUAGAAUAUCCAUUGGAGCAGGUGGACAAGUCCAGGAUUUGUUAUAUCAAGAUGAGUAUAAAAAUGUAUUUAUUUUCGGCGAGGCACAAGUUUUCGAUUCUGAAGAAGAUAUGGUGGAGUGGUUUAGACGUUUUGGAUCCAUUCAAUCAUUUAUACCCAAAUCUUCUAAGAACAGUAAUCAGAAUUACCUUGGACAGAUUAUAUUUGAAAAACCUGAAUUUGCAAAAACUGCAGUAAUUGCUACUAGAAAAGGAAAAUGUGAUUUUGAAUUUACUGCAAAACCACCAAAGGGCUUUGGGAAAAGUGAAGAAGACGAUUUACUUAGAGCCAAGCUUGUUUGGUGCCGACGGAAGUCUAGAGGUUUUGGAUUUGUUGAGAUUCAUGAUCAAGAAAAAAUCGACCACAUCGUAAUGUACAGUGCAUUCAAUCAAUUCUUGGUUGGGGGAAAACGAGUAAGAGUGAAACGAGGAAAUAAAAAUGGAAGAGAUGAGGAUGAAGAAACAAAUGAACUAUUUGUUACGGGUCUUGGAGAUCUUGUUAAUGAGGAUGUCUUGCGUGAAAGUUUUUUGAACACAUUUGACAUUUCAGAAAAUGAAAUAGGAAAAGUCAUCAUUAUACGGGAAAAGGUGAACACAACACCUCAAAUAUUGUAUAGUCUGAGAACAAGAAUAGAGAGACAAUUUAGAGAGUGCACAGGAAUUCGGCAGAAUAAAUUUAAUGUCACUCUUAUUGAGCCAAAGCCUGGUUCCUUCAUAUAUCAAGCUUUUGUCACAUUCAAGGACCCAGAGGAAGGAUUUGAUGCUUGUACUAAGGUACGGAACAGAAUGUUCAUUGGGGAGCAUGCCGUUUCUGUUACCCCAGAAAUACACACUCGGAUAUUUGUACUAUCCCAGGUCUACAAACGAGUACAGAGUGAUAUUGAAAAGUAUCAGGAGAAACUAAAGAAUGAGAAUACUGACAGAAGAUUGACUAUUACUCUUCAGAGAAAUGAAAACUAUGUGAUAGAUAUUGAUGCAGAUAGCAUUGAAAGCAUGGUCCGCACAAGAAAUAAGGUACAGGAAUUGCUUGAGGGUGAAACUGUUGAUAUGGAAAAGAUUCCUGCUCUUCGAUAUCUGUUUACCCGAGACGGCCAAGAAAAGGUUGAGAAGAUUAUGAAAAAGACUGGAACGUUAAUUUUGCUGGAUCAUAGAAAUUCGUCAUUAUCCGUGCAUGGUCGGGCGGGGGACCGGAGAAUAGCUGUAGGAAAGAUUAGAAAAUAUGUCGAGAAAUUGUCCUCUUCCAAACUGAGGGUGAUCGAUCUGAAAGGGGAAUCUAAACCACCAGGAUUAAUGAAAGCAGUUAUUCUAAUGCAUGGUGUAGAUCUUAACGGUUUGAAAGUUUCUUCAAAUUUGUCAACAGUGGAACUUGAUCACAGAAACCACAGAAUUAAAAUGUUGGGAUCAGAUGCUGCAGUUGAAAAAGCUGUCCAAAACAUUUCUGAGAUCAUGGAUUGUUUGCGUGAAAAAAGCGUUACUGCAGCUUCUGAUCAGCCAGAAUGUGGAAUAUGUUUCUGUGAAAUUGCUGAAAGUGAAAUUUACAGACUGGAGUCCUGUGGCCAUCCAUACUGUAGGGAUUGCAUGAAGAUGAAUAUAGAAUCUGCUAUUCGAAGUAAGGACUUUCCUGUUAAAUGUUGUCAUAAUCAAUGCGACAUGCUCUGGGCUUGGAAAGAUUUUUUGAAUAUGACGAGAUAUGGAUUCUGCAGUCUUCAAAACAUUUUGAAUUCAUCUGUAUCGAAUUUUGCCAUGGAAAACAAAGACAAAAUUCGAUACUGCAUAACUCCAGAUUGCCCUAUGGUAUACAAAGUCAGCAAAGUUGGAGGGAGAGUUGUAUGCAGUGCCUGCAAAACUAGUGUGUGCAGUAAGUGCCACGUUGAAUACCAUAGUGGUAUAUCUUGUGCCAUGUACCAGAUGGAAAAUGGAAAUGAUGAAACAGGACUUCGAGAAUGGAUGCGACAAGACCCACAAAACAGGAAAUUGUGCCCGAACUGUUUUGCUGGAAUUGAAAAAAAUGGCGGAUGUCAGCACAUGGAAUGCCGAGAUUGUAAGAGCCACAUCUGCUGGAUAUGCAUGGAGUUUUUCAAGACUAGCCCUGAGUGUUAUGGACAUAUGAAUAGAGAGCACAAUACUUUUGUUUAAAGUGGAAACAGUUUAAAAUAUGUUCAUUAACAGAAUACUUGAACAAUUUUGUUUGAUAUACAGUUGUGUCAGCAUUUUUUAACGGGAAAAAAUUGUUAAGAUUUUUAAGCAUCUUGUGGUUGCAAAUACGGUUCCUUUAAUUGUAAAAUUUUGCAAAAAAAUUCUUUUCUAGAUUUUAUUUAAAAAAAAAAUGAUUUUUGCAUCAUAGGGAAAAGAAUUUACAUAACAAGUUACUUGAAUAUUCAGCUUGUAAAGUUGAUUAAAAUUGAAUUGUCGUUAUAUAUCGAUGGUAAUAAGAAUAUUAAUUUUUUUUGUAGAUUGAUAUAUUUCCAAUGUAAAUUAUAUAUUUGUCGAAUUUCAGCACGCUUUCAGUUAAUUGUCAUUAAGCAUUGCUGUUUGUGUAUAUAAUGUAAGAAAUACUUGUAUUUGCCUGUGAUAAAAAUUUAUUAAUUAUUUAUUGAUUAAAUAAUUUAAGCUCUUUGUCAAUUUAUUAAUGUAAAAUUUUUAAUAAUCAGAUACCUAAUGAUUUUCAAUUCUGUAUAAUUAUUUUGAUUUUGUACUGAACGUAAUAAAUGAGAUGGUCAAAUAACUAUGACAAGAAUUAAACAUUUUUAAAUACUAGUCGUACUAGUACAUUAUGUUGCUGCGUAAAAUGAUUUGUUUUGUUAAUUGGAAUCUACUGUACAUUACAUGUAUGUUGCACAAAAGCAACUGUGAAUAUUCUUAUGGUAUUUUUUCCCUAAGCUGGCUUGAAUUGUUUAUUCAUUUGAGGUUAAGGUUCCUACAUGCUUUGCUCUUUGUAUGCUUCUAAGAAUGUUAUAAAUUAAUUUUAUUCCUUUGAUAUAUGAUUAAAAUUUUGGUGAAUGACAA